CACAACUACUCCCUUCUAUAAUCCCAACCCAACUAACUUCCCCUCAGAACCAUCCUACCAACAUCAUCAAACAUCAAAAUGUCCAACACCACAACCACAACCACAACCACCAAUAGUAAUAACAACAACAACCCGCACAACAUCCCCCCCUACACCCCCAUGACCUCCCUCUCCCACGAACUCGGCAUCCUCUUCGGCUUUCUCGCCGCCUGUUUCGUCGUAAUGGGCGUGUAUGUUUUCUUCUGGAGAGCCGCCGAAUUCCGCGAAGAACGCGCACAAACCCUCCGGCGACAAAUGCUUCUCACGCGGGGGAUUCAUCACGGACGGGGUGGGAUUCGGGAGAAGUUUAUUGUUUCUCAACAUCAUGGACAUGGACAUGUGCAUGAUGGGAGGUGCUUGGAUGGGAGUGUAGGUGGAGGCUUACAUCAAAGGAAUAUCACGCCGGAGAAUUCUGCAUCUGCUGGGACUGGGGCUAUGUAUAAGCAAGAGAAUGAGAAUGAGAUCGGGGUGGCGUUGACGACGGGGAUGGAUGUGGGUAUUGUUGCGUCGCCGAGUUUGGGGCCGAUGACUCCGACUUCGGUUUCUGCUGGUGCUGGGAGGGAGAUUCCGGUGGGUGGUGGGUUGAAUAUGGGAAGUAGGAUGAAUUUUAAUCAGGGUGGUGCUGGUGCUGGUGCUGGUGGUGCUGGUAGGGAUGAGAUGGAGUAUGGGGUUGAGAUGGAUGUAUUGGGGUUUUUGCAGAGGGGACGGUGAUUCUCAUUUUCUCAAUCAGUCAAUCUAAUCAAGUGGUGUUCAUGUCUAUUUACCCACAUCU